CUUCGACUGUCGCCAAUUCUUCGCGAUAAUACAUCAUCCAAGUUUACAUAUUCAUCAAAACUUCGACGAAUGAAAUCUUACUCAGAAAGUUCAAGUCCUCUCACAUUGAACAGUUUCGCCGACUAUGAACGUAACGUUCAAACAUCUUCAGUUCAUCGCGGUCGGCCGUUCGAAUCAGUAUGUGAGUUGUCAACAGAUUCCGUGGCACAACAAGUGAAAUCAAUAGGUGAUCAAGAGAACGAUAAGGAGAAUGAGCCAGUAGUUGAUGGUAGUAACCAAGAACAGCAACACCCGGGUACAUCAACCCCUGUCAAGAAGGCUUCAUCAAACGAGUUCGUUACUUGA